AUCUAAUUUAUUGCACACCAUUGGUUAAUCUACUAAUAACGAGUUUGGAAAGAAGAUUUUCAAAUUUGUUCGAAAUUGUCGAGGAAGGUAAGGAAGCAGCUGUAGCAGCGGCAACUCAUCCACAAUUCAAAAUGAGAUGGUUGAAGUGCUUACAUCAAAUGGCUCAAGAUAAUGCAAUGGCCGCUAUAAAAAAUGGAUUAGUGGCAUGUUAUCAUCUCCCAUCGCAAAAUUCCAUGAAAGAGGAAAUGGACAUUAGUAAUGAUGGGUUCGAUUUUGAUAAUGAUAACGAAGACGGAAUAAAUAUUCAAAGGGAUUCUUCUUUAAGGAUUACUGCACAUGAAAUCGAGUUCCAACGUUUCUGUCAAGAGCAGAAGAAAGAUUUAUCGAUUUUGAAUGCUUAUCCAAUUAUCAAAUCAGCAUUUCUUAAAUUUAAUACUUUGUUGCCAUCUUCGGCUCCGGUCGAAAAAAUGUUUAGUUUUGCCACAAU